UUGUGGCGAGACUGGUGUUUGUUCGACGUUUUCUUUUGUUUCUGUCGUGGCUUUGGUUUCAUUGAUUGAAUAAAAGGAAAGUAAAGAAAAAAAAAAAAAACAGAAGCUAAAACCCUCCCUACCCAUUUUCUUUCCUCUUUCUCUCAACCUUCUUUUUUCCGUGUGCCAAAAAUCAAUGGGAACAAAGGCAGAUCAAGAAGAAGAAGCAAGGCGUCUCAAAACAAUAGCAGAGACUAAAUUUACCAACUCCAACCUCAAAUCAGCCCUCAAGCACGCCAAGAAAGCCCACCGUCUCUCGCCAAAACUCGAAGGUCUCUCUUCAAUGCUGACAGCCUUGAAGACUCUCCGUAUCGCCUCCAAGACCCAAAAUUCAGACAUCACUGACUGGUACAAGAUUCUCCAGGUAGAACCCUUCUCUCAUAUGAACACUAUUAAGAAACAAUACAAGAAACUAGCUUUAGUCUUACACCCUGAUAAGAACCCAUUUUUAGGAUGCGAAGAGGCAUUUAAGCUUGUUGCUGAGGGGUUUAGAGUCUUGUCUGAUAAGAUUAGGAGGAAAGAGUAUGAUUUGAGGUUGAGGAUACGGCUUCAGGACGAGAGGGUUAGUGAUAAUUCUGCUGUGGAGACCUUUUGGACUGCCUGUUCGCGGUGUAGGCUUUUGCAUCAGUUUGAGAGACAGUAUUUGGGGCAUAAUUUGGUGUGUCCUAGUUGUAAGAAGAGUUUCGAGGCUGUUGAGGUAAAAGGAGGGGAUAAAAAGGAUGCUGAGGUUGGAGUUUGGAGUGAGAGGCUAAGGAGGAAAGAUAUUGGUGGUAAGGGAAUUGGGGGUUUGAGUUCCGGGGAAGGGGUCAGUGCGGGGUCGAGGAGAGAAUUGGAUGCUGAAAGUGCAGGAGGCCUGAAUUUGAAGGGGAAUGAAGUAAUUUCUGGAGAAUGGGGUGGUGGGAAAUUGAGGACCGGGGGUUUGAGGAGGAGAACGAGUACUGUUGGUGAGGUUUUGGAGAGAUCAAAGAAGAGGGUGAAGUUUUCUGAUGAAACGAUGACAUUAGCAGAAAUGAAGUUGGAAGCAAAGAAAAAGGCUAGUCAAAAGAAGGUGGAAUUGAAGGAGAAGAAGCAAAAGGAUGUUGGAGAAAAGGAGAAGAAGAAGGAGAAGCAGAAGGUGAUGGAGAAGGGGAAGGGGAAGGGGAAGGAAACAUGUCUAGUCUUGAACAAGAACACGGAUUUGGAGACUGAAAAAGGUGGAGCAUCAAAGAAGAGUGGGGAUACGGAAAUCAAGACAAGGGAAGGUGUAAAGACAAGUAGAAAAAUGGAAAUCAUGAGGCAAGGAGCAUCAAGGAAGAGUGCGAGUUUGCAAAUGGAGAGGCACAAGAAUUCAAGGGGGGAUUUGGACAGCAUGGCAGUGGAGUAUUCAAAUUUCUUUGAUUUUGAUAGUGAUAGAGUGGAGAGGAGGUUUAAGAAAGGGCAAGUUUGGGCUAUUUAUGACGAUGAUGGAAUGCCGAGACAUUAUGGUUUGAUUGAUGAAGUUGUUUCAGUGAAUCCCUUUAAGGUGAACUUGAGUUGGUUGGAUCUUCAAAGGUAUGGAGACGAGGUGUUAAUUUGGGAGAAAAUGGGACUUAAUGUAUCUUGUGGUAGAUUUAAGGUUGCCAGGACGAUGAUAAUUGACUCUGUUAACAUCUUUUCACAUGCUGUGGAAUGUGAAAGGGAAGCAAGGGAAGUUUAUAGGAUUUAUCCUAAGAAGGGUUCUGUGUGGGCACUUUAUAAUGAAGCAACUUUAGGUGCUGAAGGAACAAAUCUGUCCGCUAGUGAUGAGCGAUGCCAUGACAUUGUUGUGUUGUUAACCACGUACAGUGAGAUGCAUGGAUUGAGCAUGGCCUACCUUGAGAAGGUUGAUGGGUACAAGACUGUAUUUAAGAGACGAGAGAUUGGGUGCCAUGCAAUUAGAUUGGUUGAAAAAGAUGAUAUUUGGUUGUUUUCACAUCAGAUUCCUUCAAGGAAGUUUUCUGGUGACGAGGUUGCUGACAAUUUAAAGGACUGUUGGGAACUUGAUCCUGCUUCACUUCCUUCAAAUUUGCUUACUAUUGGUGGGGAAGCUGACAUUGAGUAGGGAAAACUGACAUGCUUUAUGAUAGCUCUUCUUUUCUGAUUCAGGGAUUGAGGUAGAAAAUAUAUGGAUGUAAAUUAAAUACCCUGCGAGCCUUUGCUUUCUCUUAUUAAGAGGAUCCUCCAUCCAACAAAAAGAAGCUGGCAGUUGCAUUUAGCCAAGUUCAUCCUACCAGCAAUCAAAUGCGAGGCUUAAUCCACUUUGUUCUGUUGCAAACUUGUGGAUUUUAUGUGGAGGUUUGAGAAACUGAUGUCCUCAAGCUUUCUAAGUUACAAAGUUAUUUACAGCUUUCAGACAUUAGCCUGUUGAACUUACUAGCCUAAUAUCAAUUCCGGGUUACUGCUGGAGCACUCGAUUGCUCUGUUGAUUGAUCAUUCUGCAGAUACUGUAGCUGCUUUUGAGAAUUUGCAGGUCGCAGGUGAUUUGCUAGAUGAGAGAAUGGCAACUUAACUAAACAACUCUGUUGUCAUAGUCACUGGUUUUGCUAUUUCAGCUAGUUUGCAAACUGUCAUAAUAUUUAACAACAGGUCAAGAUGGACCUCAUGCAAAAACUGCUGCAGAAUAUGCAGACAAGUAAUUGACUUUUGACCAGUCACAACUUCACUGCUCCUAAACUCAGAUGUCAAUUGUUGCCGGGAGAUGAAUGAAAAAAAAUUACAGCAGCCAAGGCACCAAAAAAGAAGCCAUAGAAAACUACAUAACUCAGUGUGGACGGUCGUUAUCUGCUCAAAUAGUUGUGAGGUUACCGGUUACUCGAAUCCCUUGGCAACAAGGAACUGUGUAAUCCUAAUAAAUAUACUGUUGUUAUUGCGCAGGCCAUGACGUCGGUCGUGGGCAUGAAGUUGAUUGGUACACAUGCCAUUGGGUUGUACCGCUGAAUCAGAAUGCUAUCGUUAGGCAAAUGGUUUACGCUGAAACUUCCUUGCAAGCUGAUAACAUUUUUGAGGAACAAAGUAUAUUCUUGUUUCUCAAGAACAAUUCUUGUCA